AUGAUUUUUAUCUUCCAUGCUCACAUUCUAAUUCAAGAAUACGAAGUUUUACAAAAAGAACUAAACAAAUGGAAAAGAGAAAUAUUGAAUGAUAUUGAUUCACUUUAUCUAGAAAAAUUAGAUAAAAUUGAUUUGUUUUUUAGACCAUUUGAAUCAAACCUUAUGAGUGUUACACGAAAAUUUGAUUGUUUAUUAGACUGUUCUUAUCGUUCUCGUUAUCCGUUUAUCAAAGUUCUCAACGAAGAUUUGUCAAUAUUACAGCGAAAAAUCAAAGAAUUUCAUAAAUGUAUUGCUACUUUUACUCUUACUUCUUUAUAUACUUCACAACAAAAAGCAAUGGAAAAUGAUGUUAAACAAGACCAUGUUGAACAAAACAAUUUAAAUGAUGAUUUAGAUGAAGCUUACAUAUUAUAG